UCUCCGCUGCUACUCUUUGGAACUUCCCUUGAAACCCUAAUUGCUGCAGGCGGCAGAAGAAAGUAGACAUGGCGGUCGGGAAGAACAAGAGGAUCUCGAAGGGGAAGAAGGGCGGGAAGAAGAAGACAGUGGAUCCUUUCUCGAAGAAGGAUUGGUAUGACAUCAAGGCUCCGUCGGUCUUUUCGGUGAGGAAUAUCGGGAAGACUCUCGUGUCGAGGACGCAGGGAACCAAGAUUGCUUCUGAAGGUCUUAAGCAUAGAGUGUUUGAGGUCUCCCUGGCUGAUCUUCAGAAUGACGAGGAUCAGGCAUACAGAAAGAUUAGGCUUCGUGCAGAGGAUGUCCAAGGCAAAAAUGUUCUCACAAACUUUUGGGGCAUGGAUUUCACCACCGACAAGCUCAGGUCUCUGGUUCGCAAAUGGCAGACAUUAAUUGAAGCUCAUAUUGAUGUGAAGACUACUGAUAACUAUACCUUGCGAUUGUUCUGCAUUGGCUUCACCAAGAGAAGGCCAAAUCAAGUAAAGCGUACUUGCUAUGCUCAGAGUAGUCAGAUAAGACAGAUUCGUCGCAAAAUGAGGGAGAUCAUGUCGAAUCAAGCUUCAUCAUGUGAUCUGAAGGAAUUGGUGCAGAAAUUCAUUCCCGAGGUCAUAGGUAAGGAGAUUGAGAAGGCAACAACAAGCAUCUACCCUCUGCAGAAUGUAUUUAUCCGCAAGGUGAAGAUCCUCAAGGCUCCAAAGUUUGAUCUUGGAAAACUCAUGGAGGUUCAUGGAGAUUACAAGGAAGAUAUUGGCGUUAAGCUCGAUAGGCCUGGGGAAGAUGUCGCAAUGGAAGGGGAUGCCGAAGUGGUCGCAGCUUAAUGUUGGAGUGUUAAGUUUGUUUAUUAUCCUGGUAAUGAAGUAUUUAAAUUUAAAUGACAAAAGAUGUUAUUUGUAGCCAGUGUUGUUGGCAUGGAACAGAGGCAGUUUUUGUAGUUUUAUUUCACAUUUUCAACUGCGAUUCUAUGUAGUGUUAAUCAUUGGAUUUUGUCUUUA